AUUGCCUCUCACACGACCCCAAGCAAAGGACGAUGGCUCUUGAAAUCGCGGCUGCCAUUACACUCGGCAUUACCAGUUUGGUUCUACUGGUCUAUCUAUAUUUGACCCGGAACUAUUCUUAUUGGAAGAAGCGUGGCAUAGCCGGUCCUGAGCCGGUGCCAGUUUUUGGUAACUUAAAAGACACGGCACUGAGAAGAACUACCUUCAAUGAGCUUUUUAAGAAUUUUUACGACUCCUACCCUGAAAGCAAAGUGGUCGGAAUCUACCGCGCCUGGCACCCCACCAUCGUGGUCAGGGACUUGGACGUGCUCAAGCACGUGAUGAUUAGGGAGUUCGACAACUUCUCAGACCGUGGCUUCAGCUUCAGCAACAAGGGCCUCGGCUUCAACCUCUUCAACGCCGAAAGCGACGACUGGCGGGUACUACGCACUCGGCUCUCCCCCAUGUUCACUACUGGAAAACUCAAGAACAUGCUCUACUUGAUCACUGAACGCGCUGACAAGUUUCUGGACUUCCUCGGCCCGGCUGUGGAGAAAUCCCCAGAACAGAACGUCCACACCCUUGUACAAAGAUUCACUAUCGCCAACAUUGGUGCCUGCGCGUUCGGCAUUGACAUCGACAUAAACGACGUGGACAACGUCUUCGAUACUUUAGACAAUCUCAUAUUCACUACCAACUACACUAUCGAAUUGGAAACUAUGUAUCCCGGCAUCCUAAAGAAGUUUGACAUGUCCUUCUGGCCUAAAGCCAUCAAGGACUUCUUCUACGGACUUGUGAACGAUAUACUACGCGAGCGCAACGGUCAGGCGUCCAACAGAAAAGAUUUUAUGGACUUGAUGUUGGAGCUGAGAAACGCGGGCGAGAUUCAUGGAGUGAAGCGACAUGAAGACGAUAAAGACAGGACACUUCAGAUCACUGAUGAUGUUAUGGCUGCGCAGGCGUUUGUCUUCUACGCGGCCGGUUAUGAAACCAGCGCAACCACCAUGGGCUUUCUACUACACGAACUAGCCAUGCAUCCUGAGAUACAAGACCGAGUUGCCGCCGAAAUCAACCAGGUUCUCCAGAAGCACGGUGAAAAAGUUACAUACGACUGCAUCAAAGAUAUGACUUACUUGGAACAGGUGUUCAAUGAGACACUGCGGAUGUAUCCAGUAGUGGACCCAAUCCCUCGGCUCGCGAUGAGUCGCGUGGAACUCCCUGAUACUGGAGUGACAGUGGAGAAGGGUAUGGGUGUCCUGGUGUCCGUGAGUGGCAUCCACUAUGACCCUAAAUACUGGUCCAAUCCUACAGAGUUCAACCCUGAUCGGUUUUUGCCGGAAAACUCAAUGGAUAGACAUCCGUGCGCAUUCCUGCCUUUCGGACUCGGACCAAGAAAUUGUAUAGGCAUGCGUUUCGCGCAAGUGCAGUCUAAGGUGUGCCUAGUGAAGCUGCUGCAGCGAUACCGCGUGGAGCCGUGCGCGCUCACACGAAGGCGGCUGGAGUAUGAUCCCGAUCGAUUCGUCUUGAGGUCGAGGCACGGGUUGCCUUUGAGAGUUGUGCCGCGGGCGCAUCAGGCAACGCUUUAG